CUGGCGAUCCCACCACAUCUGGGCAGCCGGCGCUGGAGCAUGAACGGCUCUCAGGCGGGCGCUGCGGCUGGGGCCGCCUGGCUGAGCUCCUGCUGCAACCAGUCGGGGUCGCCGCCGGAGCCUCCCGAGGGGCCGCGCGCCGUGCAGGCGGUGGUGCUGGGCGUGCUGUCCCUGCUGGUGCUCUGUGGGGUCCUGUUCCUGGGCGGCGGCCUCCUCCUCCGCGCCCAGGGCCUGACAGCGCUGCUGGCCCACGAGCAGCGUGCGUCCCGCGAGCCCGAGCCCGGCAGUGCCCGCGGAGAGGACAGCGAUGACGACGACCACUCCUAGGCGCCCUGUUGCGCUCGGAGGCCCGUCCCCAUGCUGCCCCGGACUCCGUGCAGACGGCUGCUGCGGUUCCGACCCCUUUUCCGAAGCGGCGCGCCCCACACAGGAACAGAGGCUGCUGUACCACUGUAGGGUGGUUGUGGAGGCAGGAGGAUGACAGAGGAGGGAGUCCGGAGGCCGUAGUGUGCUUUGGGGGCUUCUUCCCUGGACCCUGCCAUGACCCCCCACGGUCUGCAACUGCCCCAGCCCCUAUAGGUCCUAGGCCCAAUUCUGCACUCCAUGGGGCUGAGGAGACAGGCAGACAGCUUCAGCUUUUGGCCUCAGCUUCCUGAAGACUUUUCCCUGGAAGGGGGCUUGGGGGAGAUUCUUUGCCCGGACUUCCUCUCGAGACAGGGAGGAGAGUGUGGUCAUGUUUGAGGGCAGAGCCAGGGGCCUGGGUGGCCCUGGGAAUGGGGAGGUGUGUGGAAGGCUCUUCCCUGGCCUCCGCUCAUGUUGUGGAGCAGCGGGGUGGGGGAGCAGAUGCAGCCCAGAGCGAGGAGCUUUGUGUGGUGUGUGUUGGGAGGUGUGGAUGGCAGGGUUCCCAGCAGCUGGGGGGCCUCGGAAGCACUGCUUCAGGAAGUGGGGCUGAGGACUCCCAGCUGCGGGGGCUCUCUCUGGGUGUCUCGCUCUGUCCAAG